GGGCUGGGGAGCACAGGGGCCAGCGCCCUGAAGGUCAGCCUCAAGGAAGGAGAAAGUGGUUUGGUUUGGUUUGGUUUGGUUUGGUUUAUUUGAGAGACAGAGAGCUUGCAUCUGCUGAUUUACUCCUCAGAUACCCACAACAGCCAGGACCGGGCCAGAGCCAGAAGCCGAGAACACAACCCAGGUCUCCCACAUGGGUGGCAGGGAUCCAACUCCUUGCACCCUCGCUGCUGCCUUGGCCAGGCUACCAAUGUCGGGAAUCCCUGCGGCCUCAGCUAUUGGGUGAUGCUGGUCCAGGACCCCAGCCAGUGCUUAGGCCUGGAGGCAGGGGGCGCUGUGCAGUCCAGAUCCCGCGCUGGCUGACGCCCAGACAGGAGUCAGGGGAAUCCAGUGGUGAGGCCAGGCAGAGGAGGAGCAGGAGGGAUGUGCUGAGCAUGUCCGGUUUAGAUCAGAGUCACGGGUGGAUACUUCUGACACGGGAGCAAGGCUGCCCCACAGGGCUUCCCAGAAGACUACGGUCCGCCAUCCAGAUGGGGUGAGGCCUGUGUGUCCUCCGUGUGGCUGUGCCUCAUGGGCAUGUUUGUAAAAGCCCAGUGUAGAGGUGACAGGACACAGGGCAGUGAGGGGACAAGCCCUGCAUCCCAUUGUCACAAAGCAGAUACCAGGACGUUGAGGAUGACGUGUAGCCAGACGGGGGCAACGUUGUACUGUCACAAUUGUGCUGUUUCUUUUCUCCUUCUUGUUUUUGUUUAUUUGUAAGAGUUACAGACGAGGGGAGACACAGAGAGAUCUGGGGCUGGGGCUGUGGCACGGCAGGAUAAACUGCAGCUCUGGCAUCCCAUAUGGGCACCAGCUCGAGUCCCAGCUGCUCUGUUUGCAAUCCAGCUCCCUGCUAAUGCACCUGGGAAAGCAGCAGAGGAGGCCCACGUGCUUGGGCCCCUGAACCCACAUGGGAGACCUGGAGGAAGCUCCUGGCUCCUGACUUUAGAUCAGCACAGCUCUGGGCAUUGCAGCCAACUGGGGAGUGAACCAGUGGAAGGAGACCUCUCUCUCUGCCUCUGCCUCUCUCUAACUCUGCCUUUCAAAUAAAUAAAUAAAUCUUUAAAAAUGAGUAAAAACAGAGAGAUCUGCUAUCUUCUGGUUCACUCCAGAAAUGGCCACAAUGGCCAGGGCUGGGCCAGGCUGAAGCAAGGAGCUCCAUCUGGGUCUCCCACGUGGGUGCAGGGGCCCAAGCACUUGGAUCGUCCUCCACUGCCUUUCCAGGCAAUUAGCAGGGAGCUGGAUCAGAAGUGGAGCAGCUGGGACUGGAACCGGUACCCGUAUGGGUUGCCAGUGUCACAGGCAGCAGUUUUUACCUGCUGUGCCACAACACUGGCCCCUGUGCAAUUUUUGUGUUAUUUGUUUGAGAGGCAGAGAGCUUGCAUCUGCUGGUUUACUCCCCAGAUAGCCACAACAGCCGUUUCAGCUGUAGUUGUAGGCAGGUAGAGUGUGGUGGUGUGUAGGUAGAGUCCCGGGCAGGUAGAGUGUGGAGGUGUGUAGGUAGAGUUGCAGGAGGCAGAGUGUGGUGAUGUAUAGGUAGAGUUGCAGGAGGUAGAAUGUGGUGGUGUGUAGGUAGAGUGUGGUGGUGUGUAGGUAGAGUGUGGUGGUGUGUAGGUAGAGUUGCAGGAGGCAGAGUGUGGUGAUGUAUAGGUAGAGUUGCAGGAGGUAGAAUGUGGUGGUGUGUAGGUAGAGUGUGGUGGUGUGUAGGUAGAGUUGCAGGAGGCAGAGUGUGGUGAUGUAUAGGUAGAGUUGCAGGAGGUAGAAUGUGGUGGUGUGUAGGUAGAGUGUGGUGGUGUGUAGGUAGAGUCGUAGGAGGUAGAGAGUGGUGAUGUGUAGGUAGAGAGUGUGGUGUGUAGGUAGAAUCGCAGGAGGUAGAGAGUGGUGAUGUGUAGGUAGAGAGUGUGGUGUGUAGGUAGAGUGUGGUGGUGUGUAGGUAGAGUUGCAGGAGGUAGAAUGUGGUGGUGUGUAGGUAGAGUGUGGUGCUGUGUAGGUAGAGUGUGGUGGUGUGUAGGUAGAGAGUGGUGAUGUGUAGGUAGAGUGUGGUGGUGUGUAGGUAGAGUGUGUGGUGUGUAGGUAGAGUGUGGUGGUGUGUAGGUAGAGUGUGGUGGUGUGUAGGUAGAGAGUGUGGUGUGUAGGUAGAGUGUGGUGAUGUGUAGGUAGAGUGUGGUGGUGUGUAGGUAGAGUGUGGUGGUGUGUAGGUAGAGAGUGUGGUGUGUAGGUAGAGUGUGGUGGUGUGUAGGUAGAGAGUGUGGUGUGUAGGUAGAGUGUGGUGCUGUGUAGGUAGAGUGUGGUGGUGUGUAGGUAGAGUCGUAGGAGGUAGAGUGUGGUGAUGUGUAGGUAGAGUGUGGUGGUGUGUAGGUAGAGUCGUAGGAGGUAGAGAGUGGUGGUGUGUAGGUAGAGAGUGUGGUGUGUAGGUAGAGUGUGGUGGUGUGUAGGUAGAGUGUGGUGGUGUGUAGGUAGAGUGUGGUGGUGUGUAGGUAGAGAGUGUGGUGUGUAGGUAGAGUCGUAGGAGGUAGAGAGUGGUGAUGUGUAGGUAGAGUGUGGUGGUGUGUAGGUAGAGUGUGGUGGUGUGUAGGUAGAGUGUGGUAGUGUGUAGGUAGAGUCGCAGGAGGUGGCAUGUGGUGUGUAGGUAGAGAGUGUGGUGUGUAGGUAGAGUGUGGUGGUGUGUAGGUAGAGUCGUAGGAGGUAGAGAGUGGUGAUGUGUAGGUAGAGAGUGUGGUGUGUAGGUAGAGUGUGGUGGUGUGUAGGUAGAGUGUGGUAGUGUGUAGGUAGAGUCGCAGGAGGUGGCAUGUGGUGUGGAGGUCAGACCGGACUAUGAGGAAGUCUGCAGCAGCCCAGCCUCAGGCAGACGCCCAGGCUGGCUUUCCAGGCCACCCAGCGCUGAUUAAAUCAGCCAGCGCUCAGGCACAAGCCAGGCAGCCAUGUCAGUGACAUUCACACCCAGCAGGUCUGUGGGCAGACAGGAGCAACAGGUGGGAGUGUCAGGGUGCUGUGAACCCCGCCGGCAGGUGUGCAGGGCAGGUGUGCGGCCCCCAGAGUCCCCUGGGGAUCGGCUGCUGGCCGAGCUGGGAAAUGGAUGGCGAGCCUUGGGAGCCUGCUCAAGAUGGCAGCUGUGCAGCCCGGGAAGGAGCUGGCAAGGACACCGUGCAUGCUGGGGCAGCGGUCAGUGCAAGAGGGCCCGUGGAGGGCAGGGAAGCACAGGCUGCUGCCCACCUCGAGGGCUGCCUGGACUCAGGAGGGCGACUGGCAGCUGCUUUCCAUUGUGUGUGUGCGCCCAGUCACACGUGGUCACGCAUGCACACGGCGGCAACUGGUAGCUCCUUUCCAUUGGGGUUGUGUGUGCCCAAUCACACAUGUUUACACAUGCACACAGCGACAGCUGGCAGCUCCUUUCCAUUGGAGGAGUGUGUGUGUGUAUGUGUGCCCUGUCACACGAGGUCACAUAUGCACAUAGAGACAACUGGCAGCUCCUUUCCAUUGGGAGUGUGUGCAUGUGUGUGUGUGCCCUGUCACACGAGGUCACAUAUGCACAUAGAGACAACUGGCAGCUCCUUUCCAUCGGGAGUAUGUGUGUGUGCCCUGUCACACACAGUCACACACACACAGCGACAGCUGGCAGCUCCUUUCCAUUGGGGGUGCACACGUGUGUGUGUGUCCUGUCACACGUCACACAUGCACACAGCAACAACUGGCAGCUCCUUUCCACUGGGAGUGUGUGCACGUGUGUAUGUGCCCAGUCACACGUGGUCACACACGUACACAGUGGCAACUGGCAGCUCCUUUCCACUGGGAGUGUGUGCACGUGUGUAUGUGCCCAGUCACACGUGGUCACACAUGCACAUGGCGACAACUGGCAGCUCCUUUCCACCAGGAGUGUGCAUGUGUGUCGGUGUACCCAGUCACACAGCUGUGCUGCCAUGCUCUGUGUUCUGGGGAAGUGCUGGAGUAGGAGUCUGUGGCCUCUGGGGCCACAGUGCAAAGGCCUUGCACAGCCCUACCUGGGCCACAUGGGGGUCUCUCCCCAACACCCUUCCCACUUGCCCCAGAUCUGACAGCUGGGGCCCACAGGCUGGGCCUCGGUGGGUUCCCGUGGUAGAGCUGGGCCUGUCCCCUAAACCCUCUCUAGGAAACUUCCCCAACCCUGUUCUGAGGACCCCAGCCCCCUGCCGCCGCGUCCAGAGCCUGUGCCGGUGCCUUGCUCUCCACCCCGUUGGGCUUGGUUUAGAUUUUUCUCAGUGGUGUGUGUGCACACGCGUGGGCUGGGGAGACCAGCGUGGCUGUCAGGACUGCAGGGUUGUGCAUGUAUGUGGACACACUACAGCGGGUGGCACCGGGGAGGGUGUGCACAGCUGCUCCAGGAGGGAGGGCCCCGCCCACUCCUGACGUGCAGCCUCCCCUGUCCU